CUGAUCAGAGGUGUUGGUUAUUACAAGUUUAAUUUAGUACAUGAAACAUGGAAUGGAGAGGCCAACCUGCCUCUAAAAGGAGAUGUAGUCAACCACAAUGUUUUCAAACUCAGUACCACAGCUCUUUAUUCUCCUGAAAUACACAAUUGUGAGGAUUCUUUUUCAUUGACACUCAAGCAUAGGUCUUCAACCGGGGGUGGACCCCUAGGGGGUUUCCGAGGUACUGCAGGGUGGUCGCAAAAUCUUUGGUUGAUGGUUGAAGAGGAGGAAUGUUUGUCUGGAGUUGUUCCGUUGGUACUUGAUUGUGGCCGGCAAAGGUUUGCAGACCAACUGAAAUCAUUCGAAUGGGCCUAAUAUGCUGAUGGGUAGUCAUCUGAGUGCCGUGGAGUUUAAUGUGUUUACGGCAAAAUGGCUCCAAUCGGUUGCAUCCAGUGAAGAGUUUAGUCUGAAUCUGUUGAAACACACCUCAUAAUGAAAUACAAAUGGUGCGUUACCAGACGGAGAACUCUGGCUACAACAGGCUAGCUGAAAUACAGAUGGAAGCCAUCUAGUGGUUAGUGGUGGUAUUACUACCCGACUUGAAAAGCAGAAAAUUGUUAACAAUAGGCAAAUGUUAACGUAGGCAGUUAGAAUUUUAUGUAUUAAAGUUCUUGGUGACAUGUUUCCCAACGAACACAGUAAUAUCACCCAGCGAGAGGCUUCUCUGUUUAUUUCUUAGUAAACUCACAUCUCAUCUGCAUAAUUAUAUCCUCCCAGUGCAACGUGGGUAUUAUUCUUUAUCACCUCGAAUAAUAAACUCUUAGCCCCCUUGUUACCAAAUUAUAUAGUUGCUAUAAAACCCUACAGUCAGUGCACUUUGCUGCACCCCCUUGUGUGACACAUUCAGUUGAUGAUCAACAACAGCGUCAACAUUUCCAGCUUGGCUCUGUUUCUCAGUAGAUAAAUGCACUCUCCCCAGGAUCCCAUCCAGUCUCUAACCUCUUCAACACUUGCCUUACUUUCUUAAAAAAAAACAUUAAUUUUAGGACUAAUUAGAUCCUGAAUAUUUCGUGCUAUGUCGACAGGUGAGUAAGGUUCAAAGUUUACCGCGAGACACCCCGCGAGACAAAGCCACACAGUCCACGAAUGCAACAACAAGGCCGGAGUAAUGUAGAGCAGUGCUCCCGUUCACCCUCCUCGCCUCCUCAGGUGACUCAAACAACACCACCAGAAGCAGACAUAUGUGCUCUGCUGCAGGGCUCAGCUUCACAGAACAUGUUGUGUAACGCACACCACCUGCGUGGUUCCUGUAUUACUGUGGCUACAGUCUCUAGGACAGGCUCAGCAGAGGUCAUUUGCAUAUUAUAUCACUCUAGGUAAAAGGGCAUAGCGACGAUGACAGAGAGUAACAGAGAGAGCGGAAGAGAGGCAGUAAAAAGCAGUGUUUUUAUUUGAGUCAUUAUUACCAGCAGUUCAAAACUGGUCGGAUUCAUCUUCAGGACUUGAGAUGCGCUGAUGGGUGAAAGGCACGAAGCUCCGAGGGUUUAUUAAGUGGGCCAGUUGCCAUAGCGACGCUUUGGCAGGAUAUUGCCGGGAUAAGCCGUAAUGGGUCUCCUGACGCAGUUCACUCUGCUCCUGUGGAAGAACUUCACUCUCCGGAAGAGACAAAAGGUGCGUCUGGUCAUUGAAGUACUGUGGCCCUUGUUUCUCUUCUUCAUACUGGUGGGGGUGCGGUCGACCAAUCAACCAAUUUACAAAGACCAAUGUCACUACCCAAAUAAAGCCAUGCCUUCGGCCGGCAUGCUGCCGUGGCUUCAAGGCAUGAUCUGUAACAUCGAAAACCCCUGUUUAGCCCAUCCGACACCAGGGGAGGCACCGGGACAAGUCAAUAACUUCAACAACUCCAUAAUUGCUGGAAUAUUGAUAGAGCUGCAAACCCUCCUCGUGAACAAAUCUAUUCUCAGCAAGACACGGUUGCUGGCAGAUGAUAUCGACCAGUGGGCUUCUGUCCUGUCACGGUCUGACCCAGCUCAACCAGUCAUCCUGAGGAAUGUUCUAAGGAACAAUGAGACUUUAUCUACACAUCUGGAGGAUUUGUCAGUGCCGCCAACAGUCAUUCAGAGCCUCAUGAAUGCAGAGAUUCAGCCCAAUCAAAUGAUGGGCAUCCCGGGGCCAGGCAACCUGAGGAGCACCCUGUGCGAAGGGACAGGUCUGGACGAGUACGUCCAAUUUAGCAGCCAAGCUGAAAAGGAGGCUUUUCAAAAUGUCAGCUGCUCCCUCACACCACAGCAGCUGAUUAACACCCAGCAAGUGCUGCUGCAGAACCUGGACGCCAGGAAAGUGCUUUCCGAGGUGCCUUCAGCUUUGAACCUGAAUGCAGCAGACACAGCAGCACUGAUGAGGAAAACCACUGUGGACGCGUUACCAGUCAUUCAGGAGUUCACCAGGUUGCAGAACUCCAUGAGCUUUAAGGCGGCGAGUUCGCUGGAUUUCCAACAGGACGUGAUUGGCAGUAUCAAUAUGCUAUUGUGUGGAAGGCAGGCCGACUUGGAUUCUACCAAUGUGACCGUCAGUUUUCCCUCUUCAGGACAGAUGGCUAACAACAACUCGGCUUCCAUUAUGGGCAACAGUUCCGAUGCUUUUUGUCAGACUCUUGUCGACACCCUGGAGGGCACACCUGGCCUGCGCUACAUUUGGAGCACCUUCAAGCCUUUAUUGCAGGGGAAAGUCCUCUUCGCACCUGAUACACCUGCUGCGCGCCUCCUGGUGAAAGAAGCAAAUAGCACGUUCAGAGCCUUAGCUUCGUUGAAAGAGCUCGCUGAUUCUUGGGACGAGCUUGGGCCGCGUGUCUGGGAUUUCCUACAAAACAGCCCUCAAGUCAAUGCACUAAGGGCCCUGCUGGCAAACCCCGUGUUUGCCGCUCUCCUCGACCAGCGCCUCGAGGGCACGGGACUGUCGGCCGAGCUCCUGGCCAACUUCCUGUACAACGGCCCCCCCGAAGACCGUCCGGCCGGCAUGCCACCCUACGACUGGAGGAACGUUUACAACGCCACCACCCAAAUGCUGAAACUCCUGUCCAACUUCCUCGGCUGUUUAGACCUGAAUAAGUUUGAGGCGGCACCAACAGAAGGCCAUCUGGUGAGCAGGGCCUUGGAACUUCUGAGAAAUGAAACGUUUUGGGCAGGUGUUGUCUUUGAAAACCUCCAGCCGGAGUCCAGCGAUCCUCCUCCUUAUGUAAAGUACAAAAUCCGCAUGGACAUCGAUGAGGUGGAGCGCACCAACAAAAUAAAAGAAAGGUCAUGGUCUCCCGGAGCCAGAGACAACUCCUUUAACGACCUGCGCUAUAUAUGGGGAGGCUUCGCCUACCUGCAGGAUAUGAUGGACCAUGGCAUUAUACGAGUGCAGACAUCAAAGACCCAACCACUCGGUGUUUUUGCCCAGCAAAUGCCAUAUCCUUGCUUCGUGGAUGACGCCUUCGUACAGAGCAUUGGAAGCAUCCUCCCCAUGUUCCUGGUACUGGCCUUCAUGUACACCGUGUGCAUGACCAUCAAAAGCCUGGUGCUGGAGAAGGAACUCCGGCUCAAGGAAGUGCUGCGUGCUGUUGGCGUUCAGAACUCUGCCCUUUGGUGGGCGACGUUCACAGAGAACAUUGUUCUGCUCAUGGUUCCCUGUGUGCUCUUAAGUGUCAUUGUUAAGUACGGCAAAGUCCUCCAGUACAGCGACCCCACGGUCAUCUUCGUCUUCCUGCUGGUGUUCUGCCUGGCCACCAUCACCCAGUGCUUCUUCAUUAGCGUCUUCUUCUCUAAGGCCAACUUAGCAGCGGCGUGCGGUGGCCUCAUCUUCUUCGUCCUCUACCUGCCGCACGUUCUCUGCCAGGCCUGGGGCGACGUCAUGGGUUUCGGGGCCAAGGUCGCCGUGAGUUUGUUGUCAUGUGUGGCCUUUGGGUACGGCUGUGAGAACUUUUCCAAGUACGAGGAGCAAGGCAUCGGCAUCCAGUGGCACAACAUUGCCGAGAGUCCGGUGGAGGGGGAGCGCUACACGUUCAUCGUAUCCAUCCUCAUGAUGCUGUUUGAUGCUGCAUUUUACUGGUUGCUCACCUGGUACAUUGAGAACGUCUUUCCAGGCCAAUAUGGGAUCCCUAAGCCAUGGUACUUCCCAUUCACUGCUUCUUAUUGGUGUGGGACGGCCUCAGCUGCUGAAGAUAACCCCGAGUUGCUAAAAGACUCCAAUGCACACAACGAAUAUCUGGAGAAACCACCACCCAAUAUAAAAGCAGGGGUCUCGGUACGCAAUCUCGUCAAAAUCUACAAGACCGGAAAGAAGCUUGCCGUGGAUGGGCUGAGUGUGGACUUCUACGAGAAUCAGAUCACAUCUUUCCUUGGCCACAACGGAGCUGGAAAAACAACCACGAUGUCAAUUCUCACCGGACUGUUCCCGCCCACAUCGGGAACGGCCCUCAUCAACGGAUAUGACAUCCGCACUGACAUGGACGACAUCCGCAAGUACCUGGGAAUGUGUCCCCAACACAACGUCUUAUUCAAUGACCUGACGGUGGAGGAGCACAUUUACUUCUACGGCCGGCUGAAAGGACUCAGUCGCAGUGAGGUUAAAAUUGAGAUGGACCAGAUGAUUAAGGAUGUUGGCUUACCACACAAGCGGAAGGAUCUGGCCAAGAACCUGUCAGGUGGCAUGCAGAGAAAGCUGUCUGUGGCCAUAGCGUUUGUCGGCGGUUCAAAAAUCGUCAUCUUGGACGAGCCGACGGCAGGAGUGGACCCCUACGCCCGAAGGGGUAUCUGGGAACUGCUGUUAAAGUAUAAACAAGGUCGCACCAUCAUUCUGUCCACACACCACAUGGACGAGGCAGACAUCUUGGGCGAUCGCAUUGCCAUCAUCUCCCAAGGCAAGAUGCGCUGCUGUGGCUCUUCCCUCUUCCUCAAGAAGCGUUUUGGCAGCGGCUACUACCUCACUCUGGUCAGAGACGGGGCUGAGAAGAUGACAGCUCAGCGUAAUGGCAUGAUACGGGGCCAGGCCAAAGAGGAAACAGCAGAGACGGGCUGCCCUUCGAGAACGAGCCCAGAUGAAGGCAUCGAUAGCCAGAGCUGGAGCAACUCCGAUCCUUCAGCAGAUUUGACAGCCGUGGGUCAGCUCGUGCGGUGCCACGUCCCUGAGGCCGUCUUCUUGGAGAGCAUCGGUCAGGAGAUCACCUACGUCCUGCCUUACGGGGGGGCGAGAGACGGGACCUUUGCCAAUCUCUUCCGAGAGCUCGACCUAGCCAUGGCUAACCUCGGCCUGACCAGCUAUGGCAUCUCUGACACCACGCUGGAGGAGAUAUUUCUUAAAGUGGCUGAAGAUACUGGAGUGGAUGCAGAAAUACCAACAAAGGAGCCAUUGGUGAGAGACUGCAAGAGGAGCUCCCGCGAAUUCAAGAGGAACAGCGUCGCCAGCCUCCACGCGAAACCAGAGCAGGUCUCAGGAAUGACUGAAUUCAAGGAAAAGUUCACAAAUAAAGUUGAAGACCUCAGGAAAAACGCCUGUGUCAGUGGGAGGGGGUCCAUGGUCAUCACCGGAUGGAAGCUGAUCAGAAGGCAGUUCCUGGCGCUCUUUAUCAAGCGCUUCCACCACGCCCGGAGGAGCCGCAAGGGACUCAUUGCCCAGGUGGUCUUGCCUGCUGUUUUCGUGUGCCUGUCUUUGAUCUUCUCCCUCAUCGUCCCGCCGUUCGCUGAGUAUCCGAGUCUGGAGCUGCAGCCCUGGAUGUAUGGUCUGCCUCAAACCACCUUUUACAGCAACGACAUGCCGGAAAAUGCAGAAGUGUCAAAGGUGGUGGAAACGUUGCUGAAUAACCCUGGCUUCGGCACGCGCUGCAUGAAUGGAGACCCGAUACCGAAUUUACCCUGCUCUCCUAGCGGUUCUGAUUGGUUCACUCCUCCCGUGGAUCCGGCCGUCACCGACAUAUUCCUCAACGGGAACUGGAGCAUGUCUAACCCCUCCCCGUCCUGUCAGUGCAGCACGCCUCAACGAACCAUCAUGUUACCCGACUGUCCGCUUGGUGCAGGGGGUCUCCCCCCGCCACAGAGGAUACAGAACACAACGGACACCUUGCUGGACUUGACUGGACGGAACGUGACAGACUUCCUGCUCAAGACUUUUGAGAACUCAGGCAAAACAAGGUACGGAGGGCUCUCUGUUGGAGAAACCAACUCCCAAGUCCGUCUGACUGACACAGAAAUCGAAGCUGCAUUCAGGGACCUGAAAGACCUUUUCAGUUCAUUUCAGGAUAAUGUGACUGAUCAGAUUUUCCAGAGCGCCGAGACGCUGCUGAAGAAGCUGGGAACCAUGGACAACGUCAAGGUGUGGUUCUACAACCAGGCGUGGCACGGCGUGGUGUCCUUCCUCAGCGUGGCAAACAACGGCAUCCUGAGGGGAAGUCUGCCGGCGGGACGGGAUCCGCGCCAGUACGGCAUCGCCACGUCCAGCCACCCCCUCAACCUCACCAAGGAGCAGCUCUCCUACGUGGCUGUGGCCACAACCUCCACUGACGUAGUGGUGUCCAUCUGUGUUAUCUUUGCCAUGUCCUUCAUCCCUGCCAGCUUUGUCCUCUUCCUCAUCCAAGAGAGGGUGAGCAAAGCCAAGCAUCUGCAAUUUGUCAGUGGAGUCAACCCAGCUGUCUACUGGUUAGCCAACUUCGCCUGGGACAUGUGUAACUACAUCAUACCCUGCGUGAUUGUGAUCGUGAUCUUCCUCUGCUUCCAACAAAAAGCCUACGUUUCACCUCCCAACCUGCCUGCUUUGAUUCUGCUUCUCAUUUUUUAUGGGUUCUCCAUCACCCCCAUGAUGUACCCCGCCUCCUUCAUCUUCAGUGUGCCCAGCACUGCUUACGUGGUGCUGACCUGCAUCAACCUGUUCAUUGGUAUAAACGGCAGCGUGGCCACAUUUAUCAUGGAGCUCUUUGAUGACGAAAGCGUGUCCAGAACCAACGACAUCGUGAAGAAGGUGCUGCUGAUAUUCCCGCAUUUCUGUCUGGGCAGAGGGCUGAUCGACAUGGCCAAGAACCAGGCCAUGGCCACGCUCUUCAGCAGCUUCGGAGAAGACCGCUUCCAGGAUCCGCUGAGCUUUGACAUGGUGGGAAAAUACCUCUGCGCCAUGGCUGUCCAGGGAGUCGUCAUGUUUGCCUUUACGCUCCUCAUCCAGUAUAAGUUCUUCUGCAAACCAAGGCUCAUUUCGGCGAAGCUGUUGAGUGCGGGGGAGGAGGAGGAUGUCGACGUGGCGCGGGAACGCCAGCGGGUGUACGAAGGCAGGGCCCAGAAUGACCUCCUCAGGAUCUGUGACCUCACCAAGGUAUACCCUCGGAAGAGCACCCCCGCUGUGGACAGGCUAUGUGUGGGCGUACCUGCUGCAGAGUGUUUCGGCUUGCUGGGAAUCAACGGGGCUGGGAAAACCACCACGUUCAAGAUGCUGACAGGAGACAUCCCAGUCUCCGGUGGAGAGGCCUUCCUAAAUGGAUACAGCAUACGAACAGAAAUGAGGGACGUUCACCAGAACCUGGGCUAUUGUCCCCAGUUUGACGCCAUUAACGACCUGCUGACCGGCCGAGAGCAUCUGGAGUUUUACGCCCGGCUACGAGGGGUACCAGAAAAGGAGGUCACCAUGGUGGCUGAGUGGGGGAUCCAGAAGUUGGGGCUGGUCAAGUAUUCCAGCAAAUCAGCGGGGACCUACAGCGGUGGGAACAAACGCAAACUUUCUACAGCCAUGGCCCUGAUCGGUUGUCCUCCAGUCAUUUUUCUGGAUGAGCCGACCACCGGGAUGGACCCCAAAGCCCGGCGCUUCCUGUGGGACUGCAUCCUGAGUAUUAUCAAAGAGGGACGCUCAGUUAUUCUCACAUCACACAGUAUGGAGGAGUGUGAAGCACUCUGCACCCGCAUGGCCAUCAUGGUAAAUGGGCGCUUCAAGUGUCUUGGGAGUAUCCAGCAUCUAAAGAGCAGGUUUGGUGAUGGCUACACUGUGAUUGUGAGGGUUGGUGGUUCUCCUCCUGAACUGAAGCGAGUUGAGGACUUUGUCCAGGAGACCUUUCCAGGCAGCGUUCUCAAGGAGAAGCAUCACAACACUCUGCAAUAUCAACUCCCGUACACGCAGGGAGCUUUGGCCAACAUCUUCAGACAGUUCACCAGUCAUCAGCAGAUGCUGGGCGUGGAGGACUACUCCGUGUCCCAAACUACGCUGGAUCAGGUCUUUGUGAAUUUUGCAAGGCACCAACAAGGAGAGGAGGACGCCGGGGCCUACGACAACCCAGUGGACACGUCGGAUGAACUGCCAGUGGAGUCCAUGAAGACUUUUCAAGUAGCAGAAAAGGUGUAAUACCUCGAGGAAAAGAAUAACACGUUGCACUUUCAGUGGCCCAGCAGUUUUUCUUUAAACAAGUCUGAAUGAGAUGCGCCGCGGAAACAAUGCUUUUUUUCUUUAGCCCUUGCAGUCCACGCUUAACCAUCUCAACGUGUAAUUUAAAUCAGUGAAAAUUUCAGAAUUGGAGUAUAAAGGUUUUAAACACCACAAAGACCCUAAAUCCCUGGGAUUUCUCAAAUUGAUUGUUCUGAUACAAGAAAGAAUAGGACGGGGUCACUGCAGUAGAAUCAAGAAGAAUUAGCUAAAUCAACUAAAUCAGUGACAGAAAUGAUUUGAUAGCAGCUGAUUUCUGCAUUGUGUUUAUGAGAUGAUGUCUUUCACAAAGGAUAAAGAAGAGAAACGAGACCAGGGCAGGUUUAUUUAUGUACUGCUGGCCAUAGUAUACCUCAGUGAAGCCAAAACUUAUCUUUUUUCUUUUGUAAUGAUGAUGAUGAUGAACUCUGUUUUGUUCCAAUACCAAUGAUUGGUAUUGACUUAUUGUUGCUAAAGCCGGCUUGAUCAGGUCAUUAAUGUCUCAACAAAUAUUGAAUCUCUAAGGCUGUCAUUUAUUAACAUAUCAAAAAACCCCUGGAAGUGCCCAUUGUAAGGAUCUUUUCUCAAGUCAAAUACCAAAAGAUGUUAACCAACCGUUUGCACUUACGCUUGCUGACAGACACUCCGUAGGUUGUUACUGAGCAAAAAGUGAUUAAUAACAACUCUGCCAGAUGUGUUGGCUUUGAGCGUCUGAAUGUGUUUCCAAUUAGCUGUAGAUGGUGUUCGGUGACAGACACCGAGGUUAGAGCAGUGGGACGAGGCAGAGUCAACUAGCUGUCAAAUAUCUUAGAAGAAAAGCCGCACACAAACCACACACGACUGACAAAUGCUAAGCUUCCGGUCACUAUCCAGAGCCUUUCCGAAUGAAUGAGUGCAGCCGUAUCAGUAACAAUACUCUGAGAACUACUAAUGAAUGUAUGAGCUGAAACAUAUUUAUAUUUUAUGAGAUUUUUUAAUGCGUUGCCUUUUUUAAUUGUAUCAGUGACUUUCUUUUCCUGAUCUUAGUCAUAGGACGUGCUGGUAUUAGCCCUGGUGUCCACAGAAAAUAGCGCUAAAGUGAUUCCAUUUUGUCACAAUGUGCCUUUCAAAUAUCCAGUUGUAAUCAUUGCAACAUGCGUAGCUACGUGUUUUGUUUGCACUAGAGAGCUAUGUGUUGUUUUACAUUUUACUGAAAUUGACUGUUUGCUAAACUCCAUCCUUCUUACUGUAGCUUCUUUCCUAGCUUAUUUUCAACAUUGACUUAACAUUGACAGCACUGGCAGAUUUAGCCCAACCACUGUCUUUUGAAACAUGUAAUUCUUGAUGUCUGGCAGAUGUGUUAUUCUACGUCUGUCGCUAGCAGAUUUGAUCAGCUUUAGCUAGCUUGCUUGCUACGCUCAUGUUAGCUCCGGGUGUUUGUUGAAAACUUGAUGACUUUUGUUUACAACUGAUUUGUUUCAAAGCAAAAAAAAAAAAAAGAAUAUCUAGAUUCCCUAAAUAGUUGACAUUGUGUAGUAGUGGUAAUAAUAGUCCUAGUGAUGUCAUUGUCAUAACACAAAAUAGCCCUUUUUGUUGACUUAGUUUAUAUGGUUUAAACUACAAGACAAUAACUGUAAAUGUCUCAGAUCCUAAGACGCUUAAUGCUCGCAUAUACUCCAGUGGGGAAAUAUUAGUUCACAUAGUCACUUCACUAAUUCUAAUCCUACACGCUAAUGUAGCAUGUUAACGAUGUGCUUUUUAGCCUGGGAGGGGACAGCUUUAAACUAGCUAGCCAGGCAUGCUAACGUUCUCAGUAUACUCUUAAGAGCAUAAAAAUUUAAUCCUUUCAAAUAUUGAACCAAAUGAAAAUCCCAGACCUUUACACACGUAAAGCUUGAAGGAUCUGUUCCAAAGAUGGACAGUUUGGGGGAGGGGUUUAGCAAAUGGUCAACUAUAGAGCAAACACAGCAACCAAAAUGUAGAAAUAGGCUUAAUAUCUAUGCGAACGAAAUUAUGCCAGCUAUAAAAAAUUGUUUCUAUUGAUUAUUAUUUUUGAAUUAAUGUACAAAUCUGGCAUCUUCAGGUCUUUGCAGAAAAUCGAACUCAGGAGUUUUUAGAGUUUUUACAGUUAUUUCAAGCACCAUGUCGAUUGUUUUGUUCCAUUUGCAUUCUGUACUGUACAACAUUAGAUGCACAAGUCAUACAUUCUUGUACUGUGCUGUUUACAUGACUAUGCACUUUUUUUUGUUGUUGUUGUUUGAAAUAUAAAUAAUUCCCCGAUUCACUCCUCACUGGCACUCCUCUGGUUUACUCUCGAGAUCAUUUGUAUGCUGUGCUCAUAUGACUAUCAUGCCUGCUGCAAAGAAUAAUGAAUCCUAUUUGUACUGAACAUUGCUUUAUGCCAAGACAAGUGAUUAAACAUUUGUACAAUUGUAAUGCUA